AUGUCGAAGAAGUCUUAAAUUUUUGAAUACAAGGAUGACAUCAAUGGGAGAGUGCCAGUGAUAUUUCAAUGGAGUUUUGACUUCAAUUUCUUGGUUUGUGGAGGUGAUAAAUCUGUAAUUUAUGUGCUUGACAAGUAAAUAUCAUAAUCAAAUUAGGCGAGGGAAACGUUUAAAGGAUUUCCAAUUGGCUACAAAUAAUAAAUUAUUGUAAUUGGAAUGGGAUAAAGAUGGUGAAUAUGUAUGCAUUGUACAGGUAUGGAAGAAUGAAAAUUUAAAAAGGAUGGUCUCAAUCAUGUAAAUUUGUGGGCUCCCUUCACUAAUAAUUCCCAAGUGAUUCAAGUGGAAUUGGAUAAUCCAAAAGCAAAAGUGUCAUAUGCAAAGUGGUCUAAAAGUCAUGGAAUAUUGGCAAUAGGAUCAGAUAAGGGUGGUUUGUUGUUCUAUACAAAGAAGCAGGCGAAGAAAUUACCGACGAUGGGAAAGCAUAGCAAGAAGAUCAUCAGUGGGGAUUGGAAUAACGAGGGAUAUUUAAGUAUGCAUUCUCAAAAGUAUCAAUCUAGUAACGAGUGGUGAAGACAAAUUCUUAACAGUUUCAAAUUACAAUUCAGAAACUAUGUUUGAGUCUAUUCCUGUGAAGGCUGAAGCCAAAAAUGUAGUUUGGUCAAGAUCCAAGACAGAUUCAAGGGAGUAGAAUUAAAGGACAGUCACAGCUAUCAUUCAACAAAAAACAAUUAUAAUGUUUGAAUUGGGCAAGAAUCAUAAGAUGCCUGAUGAAUUAAUGUUUGAAAAUAAAUACGGGAAAAUAGUGGAUUACACAAUCUUCGGUGAUGGAUAUUUGGUCAUAGGAUUUAGUGAAGGAUACGUAGCCCAUAUUUCUACACAUAGAAAAGAAAUUAGUAACUAUUAUGGUUAUUUCAUUAGAGGAUGAGGUGCAAAGUGAAAAAUUGUUGAAAUCAGUGGAUGCUAUGUGCACAAAUGAUAGUCUCUAUAAAUUGGCAGUAGCAGGUGAUGGUUGUAUCAAAAUGGUGAAUUUACAAACUUGGAAAGAAAUACCAACUGAGAAAAUUGAACUACCUAACGAUUGUGGUCGUGUAUCCAAAAUGUAUUAAUUCUAUUGUAAUAUUGAGGGUUUGGAGUUAAAAUGGAUAAAUCUUGGUGGUGUCCACUGAGAAAGGUUGUUUGUUUGGAUUUCAAACAUCGAUUCCCACAUUGACUGCCACAUAUUCAUCCAUGAUUGCAUUGUAACAGUCCUUCACAGAAAUCUCUAUCUAUUCGACUCAGGAGUAAUCCUUGAAUGAAAUUUCCACCAUCACCUUAGAGAAUGAACCCAAUUAGAUUUCGAUGAGUAUGUAAUAUUUUGCAGCUGGACUCAACAACAUGGUUUAUUAUUAUAAAUAUUUGGAAUUGAAAAACAAAAAAGCAUUCAAACCCGCUAUCCAAGCUAUCAAGAUGGAUUAUUUAGGAUAUGUGAAUCAGAUCAUUUUGAAUGAUGAAUCUGCUGCCGUCCUGAGUAAUAAUGUUUGCACUUUUCAUAAAAUCGAGUAGACAGGCGAAUAUGUUAAAUAGUAAUCUAUUAACAUCUAAAUAGAUAAUUCCCUGAUAAUGAUUAAGAAAAACCGAUUUUGCACAUUGGAUUAACCAAAAAUUUCCUAUUCUUGUUAGAUUCCCAAUCUAAAAUCAGAGUCUACAACGUGUUUGAAAAACAAUUCAUCAUUGAAUUCAAAAAUGAUUACAGUUUGACCAAAAUCUUCCCCAACAUUAGUGGGACAAGAUCCAUUUGUAUCAACAACAAAGGUUAGGGCUUUUUAUUUGAGGCAUCUCUUGAACUAUUGACCAAGAUAUCUGCAUUUCCAGAAAAAACAGAAAGAAUUAUCUGGGAUUAGAAGGAUCCCAAUUUGUUUGUGACUUAAGUGGCCUGUGAACUUACAACUUACAUAGUUAAUAAAAAUAACCUAUAAUAAGAAAUGGUGCAUCCAGUAUUGGAAUAUUUGUCAAUGGAAGAUUUGCAAAAGUCUUCCCCUCCAAAACCUUCAGUUACUGAAAUAGAAAAAGGAGUUUAAGCCUUAAGCUUAACAAAUGGAACUUUAAAAUGUUUCACCAUGUCAAGGAAUGUCAUGGGUCAACCAUUAAUUAGUCAUUCUUACUUGAAGUCAUACAAGGGUGCUGAUGACAACAGUGAAGGUCAUUUUAGAUACUUCUUAUAAAAUCUAGCCUUGUUUAAAUUUGCAAAUGCACAUAAGGCUGCUUUGAAUUUAAAGAACCUAAAAUUAUUUGAUACUUUUGGCAGAAAGUGUUUGGAGAAUCUGGAAUUCGAUGUUGCCUAGAAAGCAUUCCAAGCUGCCAACAAUAUAUCGAUGGUCAUGAUGAUAUAAAGUUUCAAAAACGAGACCGAAAAGAAUUUGUUGUUUGCAUAUGUGGCAAUGAUUCUAGGACAACAUGAUUUGGCUCAAGAUCUGUUCUUAAAAUCGUCUUAUAGACUAGGAGCCCUAGAAUUGAGAAGCGACAUCCAAGAUUACGUGAAUGCCUUGUCAUUGGCCAAGAAGAUUGCCCCUGAAUAAGAACCAUUUAUUUGCAAAAGACUUGCUAUCUAAAUAGAAACCUAGGGGAAUAAUCCAGAAGCAGUCAAGAUGUAUGAGAUGGCUAUGUUGAAUGAAAAAUUACAUGACUCAAAAACAGUUGAAACCCAUAAUCAAUAAUGUGUGGCUGGUAUUGCUCGUUGUUCAAUCAAGAUGGGUGAUAUUUUGAGAGGGUCUAGUCUAUCAAGAUAAAUUUCAGAUCCUUUGAUUUUAUAGGAAAUCGCUUUGGUGUGUGAGAAUAUGAAGUUUUAAGUUGAAGCUGCUGAACUUUAUGAAUAAGCAGGUUGUAUAGAGAAGGCAGCCACUAUAUACAUCACUCAAAAGAUGUUCAAGCAAGCUGCACCCUUGAUGAAUAAAGUGAAAUCCCCGAAACUGUUGAUAUUGUAUGCGAAGGCAAAGGAGAGUGAAGGAGCUUUCCAAGAGGCAGAAAAUGUGUAUGAAAAGGCUGAGGAUUGGGAAAAUGUAGUACGCUUAAACUUAAAUUAAUUAAACAACAUUGAAAGGGCAAAGUUCAUAUUGCGAAAUAAGUGCAAGACUGUGACUCUGGCUUCGAUGGUGGCUUAAUAUUGUGAAAGGAGAGGGUCUAAAGCAGAAGCUGUUGAAUUCUUGAUAUUGGCUGAGAAGAAAGAGUAGGCAUUUGCUUUGGCUCAAAAUUACAAUGAAAUGGACUCGUAUGUUGAGCACAUGAAGGCAUUCUCACUUGAAGAACGCUUGCAGGUAGCCUAAUAUUUUGAGGGCAAAAACCAAUUAGACAAGGCUGCAUUUCAUUUUGAGAAGGCAUAGGAUCCCAUGAAGGCCUUGAGAUUGUACUAGAAAGCAGGAGAGGAGUUCAUUAAUGAUAUGAUAGAUUUGGUGGCACGUAACAAAUAGGAUAGUCUGAUCCAGCAUUUAUCUGAUUAUAUCAAUGGAGAUACUGAUGAUAUUCCCAAGGACCCCAUUUUUUCAUUGAAACUGUAGAAAGCCAUAGGAAAUCUAUAGGCAGUGGGAAGGAUUGCUAUAACUAUUGCAGCAUCAGAACAAGAAUGUGGUAAGUAUAAGGAGGCUCAUCAAUUUCUAUAUGAAACUUGUGAUGAUUUGAAAUCAAGUGGGAAUUAGAUACCAUUUGAUUUAUAUCAAAAAUUGAUGACUUUGCAUUCGUACACAUUAGUUAAAAAGAUUACGAAAUUAGAAGAACAUGAAGAUUUGGCAAAACUGUUGGAUAGAGUAUGCAAAAGUAUUAGUUAAUUCCCGAAUGGGGCAACCAAUAUCCUAACUAUGGCUGUAAUUGAGGCCACAAAAGCUAAUUUCAAGUAUGCACUAAUAUGAUAUACUUUUAGAUCAAUGGCAUAUCAAUGGGCUAUUACAUUGAUGAAACAAGAGUAUAGAUCACAAAUAAAUGAAAAAUUUAAAACCAGAAUUGAAAACAUUGCAAGAAAACCAGUAAAGGAGGAAGUCCCAGACAAGAAAACACCAUGUCCAUUUUGUGGAGUAAAAAUAUGAAUUUGAUAAUUAGGAAUUCGUUUCAGAAUUUACCCUUGAUUGUCCUAAAUGCUCAAACAAUAUUCCAUUUUGUAUUGCAUCUGCAAAGUAAUUUAGAACAUCAUAACCUUUAGACAUAUCGUAGCAGAGCAAUGUUGUUUCUGUCCAGAGUGUAAAUUUCCUGCAAACAUUCAAUAUUUCAAAAGAAUCCUAGAGAUUGAGCCAAUUUGUCCACUCUGUCAAAAGUAAAUACGUCCAUAAGAUCUUAAGGAAGUAUGCAUUAUGGUUCUACCUUAAUUUUAGGUUUCAAAAGAGGAAGUACUCAAGUUAAAGAGGAAGGCUGCAGUCGAAGAAAAAAAAUAAUGAAG